UCCCACCUCCUUCCCACAUAAACAUUCCCGACUGGUCUCACUGAAUCUCAGCUGAACAGGGAAGGGAGCUCUGCGGGCACAACCCUACAAAGUGCCAUACAAUCAACUGAAAGGAAAUCUCAGAGGAGAGAACCACUGAAGGAAAUUGGUAAUGGACCUGAUUCCAAACUAUUCCAUGGAAACCUGGGUUCUCCUGGCUGCCAGUUUGGUGCUCCUCUAUCUAUAUGGGACCUCUUCACAUGGCCUUUUUAGGAAGUUGGGAAUUCCUGGGCCAAAACCUCUCCCCUUUUUUGGAACUAUUCUGGGUUACCGCAGAGGUUUUUGGGAUUUUGACACAAAAUGUUAUAAAAAAUAUGGGAAAAUAUGGGGGUUUUAUGAUGGUCAACAGCCUGUGUUAGCUAUCACAGAUCCAGACAUGAUCAAAACAGUGCUGGUAAAGGAAUGUUAUUCUGUCUUCACAAACAGGCGGUCUUUUGGCCCAGUGGGAUUUAUGAAGAAAGCCAUCAGUAUAUCUGAGGAUGAAGACUGGAAGAGGAUAAGAACACUGCUGUCCCCAACCUUCACCACAGGGAAACUGAAGGAGAUGUUCCCCAUCAUUGAACAGUAUGGAGAUGUACUGGUGAAAAACCUGAGACAGAAAUCCAAGAAAGGUGAACCUGUCUCCAUGAAACAUGUCUUUGGAGCCUACAGCAUGGAUGUGAUCACUGGCACGUCAUUUGGAGUAAACGUUGAUUCCCUCAACAACCCACAAGAUCCAUUUGUGGAAAAAGUCAAGAAGCUGUUAAAAUUUGACUUUUUUGAUCCAUUGUUCCUCUUAGUAGUAUUGUUUCCAUUUCUUACACCAGUGUUGGAUGCAUUAAAUAUCUCCAUGUUUCCAAGAGAUGUUACAGAUUUUUUUAAAAAAUCUGUUGCAAGGAUGAAAGAAAGUCGCCUCAAAGAGAAACAAAAGCACCGAGUGGAUUUUCUGCAGCUUAUGAUAAACUCCCAGAAUUCCAAAGACACGGAGUCUCAUAAAGCUCUGUCUGACCUGGAACUCGUGGCCCAAUCAAUUAUCUUUAUUUUUGGUGGCUAUGAAACCACUAGCAGUGUUCUUUCCUUUGUUAUGUACACAAUGGCCACUCAUCCUGACAUCCAGAAGAAACUACAACAGGAGAUUGAUACAAUUUUGCCCAAUAAGACACCUGCCACCUAUGAUGCGCUAGUACAGAUGGAGUAUCUGGAUAUGGUGGUGAAUGAAAUUCUCAGAUUAUACCCAAUUGCUGGUAGACUUGAGAGGACUUGUAAGAAAGAUGUUGAAAUCAACGGAGUGGUCAUUCCCAAAGGGUCCCUGGUGAUGAUACCAAUAUAUGCUCUUCAUCGAGAUCCCAAAUACUGGAAAGAGCCUGAGGAGUUCCGCCCUGAAAGGUUCAGUAAGAAAAAUAAGGAUGAUAUUAAUCCUUACAUAUACCUGCCUUUUGGGACUGGACCCAGAAACUGCAUUGGCAUGAGGUUCGCUCUCAUAAACAUGAAACUUGCUAUCAUCAGAGUUUUACAAAACUUCUCCUUCCAAACAUGUAAAGAAACACAGAUUCCUAUAACGUUUAGCAAACAAGGACUUCUUCAGCCUGAAAAAGAGGUUCUUCUGAAGAUUGUGUCAAGAGAGGAAGCCUUAAGUGGAGCUUAAUUUUUCCUAUAGUUUUCUGUUAUUUUCCCCAAAUGUAAAGCCCCAAUCCAUAAAUGGGCAUCUGAAAUGAAUAAGCACUGCUCAGAAUAACUAGAAUGGCAAAUAAAUAUAUGAAAAAAGGUU